CGCUCGGCGUAGUAGUGGAUCUCACUGAACAGAAAACUGAAGCGUGCAAAGCAAGCUGCGCGCCGUCCGUGCAACAAGGCGACCAGGAGCAGAAUGGAGCAGCGGAUGGCAUCCAGGCAAGACGGACACAUCUUUUAGGGUCGCGUUAUAUCCUGGAGGACACAUGGAUGUGAAUAAAUAGAAUCAUCAGUUUGAGGUCCUCCAGCUGACCUCCAGGCUUAGUCCUGGCUGUGGGGCCGUGUUGUUGGUGGGCCAGUUGAGAAGGUGUGUAUGUGAGUGUGAGGUAAUGAAGUCCAGCAUGAGGCAGUGGCGGAAGCUGGUGUUGGUGGGAAUGCUAGCCUGGGUUCUGCUCUUCCUCGCCCUCCUCUCGUACUUCCUGGAUGCUCGUGUGGAUGAGCCGCUGACCUCUGCUGGCUCCUCGCUCUCCCAGCACCCAGACACUCGGCGCCUCGCCUCCAUCCAGGCCUCCCAUCAGCACCGUGACAUCAUGGGUUCCCGAAUGGAACUGGCCGCCACCUUGGCCACCGCCUACCCUGGAGCAGAGCCCGAACCUUCAAUCAGCUCCACCACCCCAGAGUCUAGCCAGGAGGUGAGCCAGAGCCCCAACAGCGCUCCCUACGCCACGUAUGACAGCCAGGAGGCCAGCCGGCAGGACUACCUGGACCCCCAGAGCCUGGCUGCCUGGUCCUCCUUUGGGACAGAGAAUGUGGGUUCUCACUCAGACCCUGUGAUGCAGAGUCGUGAGAGGACAGCCCAGACCACAGAGAACCAGAACCGCUCCAUGCAGCGUCACGAUGGGGAGGAAGAGGAAGAUGAGGAGGAAGACGAACAAGGGGAGCUGGGGAACAGUAGGAGAACCACAGCAGGUGGGAGAGCAGGAGGUGACUCUUCUGAUCUGGAGGAGUAUUACUUCUCCAAGUCAGCGUCUGUGGUGCAGCGCCUCUGGCGGGGACGCGUGUCCGCUGGUAUGCUGACUCCUCGGCUUCAGCGUGCCAUGAAGGACUACUUAAAUGCCAACAAGCACCACGUGGCCUACAAGGGGCAUCGUAGGCCUGCCCAGAGUGCCAAAGAGCUGCUGUGUCAACUAAAGGCCCAGGCCAGGCUGAGGACAGUGGAUGGGUCCGAGCAGCCCUUCUCUGCGCUGGGCUGGGCCCAUCUGGUGCCCCCCGUCCCGCUGGAGCAACUCCACAGACAGAAGGACCAGAGUGGCUUUAAGACGUGUGCUGUCGUCACCUCGGCUGGAGCCAUCCUGCACUCAGGACUGGGCAAAGAGAUUGAUACCCAUGAUGCAGUUUUGCGGUUCAAUGCUGCGCCUACAGAAGGAUAUGAGAAAGACGUGGGGAAUAAAACCACCAUUCGCAUUAUCAACUCACAGAUUUUGGCCAAUCCUAAGCAUCGAUUCAACACGAGCUCUCUCUACAAGAAUGUGACUCUGGUGGCUUGGGACCCUGCGCCUUAUGCUGUCAACUUACAUAAGUGGUUUGCUAGUCCGGAUUAUAAUCUGUUUGGUCCCUAUGUGGAGCGCCGGAAGCGCCACCCGGCCCAGCCCUUCUACGUCCUUCACCCCAGUUACGUGUGGCAACUCUGGGAUGUGAUUCAGGGCAACACUCAGGAGACGAUCCAGCCUAAUCCGCCCUCCUCUGGCUUCAUAGGAAUCCUCCUAAUGAUGGUGCUGUGUGAGCAGGUGCAUGUGUAUGAGUACAUCCCCUCCAUGAGGCAGACGGACCUGUGCCACUACCACGAGCGUUACUACGAUGCUGCCUGUACACUGGGUGCCUACCAUCCACUCCUAUAUGAGAAGAGCCUGAUCCAGCGGAUCAACACCGGCCCUGAGAGUGACCUCAAGAGGAAGGGACGGGUCACUCUCCCUGGCUUCAGCACCGUCAACUGUGACAUCUGAGAAAUGAAAUCUGAAAUGUUACCCUCUGAGCCCAAAUGUACACACAUACACACCCAAGCCCUUUUGGCUGAGUGAGGGAGAGGUGCAAUAAAGCCGCUGGAGACAAGGAGACUGGAGACUUUACAAGUUUCAAAUUAGACCUGUGAAGAACACAAGCCAUAGCCCCUCAGGGUGGGAUCAAUGUGGAGCGUUGUGACAGACCUUGUCUUCAUCAGGAUGUUUUUACUAGACCAGAGACUGGCGGCGAAGGGCCCGUCUCUGAGAGUAAUGGGUCAACUGGCCUGAACGGACUUCUCUGCUUUAGCUGAGCCACAUUAGAGGUGGAGAUGACUAGGGUAGCAAUAGAUCCGUGUUUUUAGAUAGACAAGUGACUUUUCAGUAUCUGGGUGUGUUUUAAUGUUGUAAGCUCUGUGUUUAUCAAUAGCUUUGGGUGGUCUUCUACCUAAAGGAAAUUCCACUGUUUGUAAAGAUGGAUAUUUGUGAUUUUUUUUUUUUUUUUUGGUCCAAAGGGUUGUGAACAUCUGACAAAGCAAGCAGUAGUCUGCACUGAAUGUCAUACACUUGUGCUCACAAACACACACUUCUACUGAUGUACACCAGCUACACUUUCACUGACCUAUACCAGCUACAUACACAAAUAAAUGCACAUACGUAAAACACAGUACUCAGACAGUCAGCCUACGCCAAACACUGUCACUCUCAGUGUUAUUGAACAAUACGGAUGUACAUUUUAUGAUUUUACAGCUUGUGCUCUUGUUUGACAUUCCUCAGAUAUUUUCCUGUGACGUCAGGAGCCUUGUUUGGUUUAUUUCACGCUGCUGAUGUUGUUACUCUCGAUACUGAAUCACUGUCCUGUGCACGACUACACAAAACACUUGCCAACUCACAACCAGAUCAUCACUCCUACUUCGCACUUUACGGAUGACUUCUGAUUUAAUGCCAAGAAGCCUCUUUGUCUUUUAGAUAAAAGCCCAGGGUAAGGUAUUGGUUGCCCUCUUUGGAUUUAUCCCACACAGUGAAUACCUUUUUUUAACGAGGGCCUAAUUAAAUCAAAGUAAAAAGGGGCCAAAAUGCUUCAAUCGAAAUAGGUGCUCAGAACAGCUGUAACCCUGUGCCUGGUGGUCGAAUGAACACUUUCCUUGGGUUGCCUUUUGACUGUUCAGAUAUAUGCGGUAUUUAUUGUGUAUGCUAUCGUCAGGACUGCAGUACCAUUGAGUUAAAUUGCAGAAUAAGGUGUGGAGCAGAAGGAAUUGUUGAAGCAGCGCUAACUGUACGAGGGGCUUCUCAGUUCUGCCUCAUGUAAACACAGUGUGCAAUCAUCAGCCCCGAUAGGGAGGUCAGUUCACUUAUUAUUGAAUGUAAUUUUAUCACCGUUCAGUUCACCACUGAAGUUUGGUCUGUGUAUGCAGCGCUCUCGGCGGGAUUGCCUCUUUCUCACUUAAGAGCAGCACGCAGCUUUGAAGCCGCUGCAAUGCUGCAUCAUUUCUUGCCGCUGCGAAUUUCUCAUAUUUCUUGAACCCUGUGAUAUUGGUCUGUAGGGAAGACCCUUUCACAGCUUGGAGCUGAGCCCAUGUCUUAUUGGAGAAGGAAUUUGAACCGGUCAUAUUUACAAGCUCACUCUGUCUCCUGCUUUGAUGAUUGUCAUGUUUACACUGAGUUAGUGCCAGACUGACAGUGAGCUCUGCAGGAACAGUCUGUGUUUGCUGUGGGAGGGGUGAGGUGGUAGCUGUCAAGCCUUGUUACGUUUGACUCGCAUACAUUCAUUGAAACCACAGGUUUGCAUUUUUACCACUUUAUCCUAAAGUUGUGCAUAUGGUCAUACGUAUGGUAAUUAAUUGCCAAAUAACUCCUUUCUAAAAUGAGAUAGGUGUUAGCAUGACAUAGAAAUACCAUACAAACAUGACAGGAGAAAAAUAUUGCCUCUAAAGGAGAUUUUUUUUACUGCAAAAUGUAUUCUGUUCUAGAAAACGUUUUGGUGCCCAUUGUUUGUGGUUUAGUACAUGAUGCUAAGAUGUGUCAAAAUUUGUUACUUUUAAUAUUGUAAUGUGUGUUGAAGAAGAUUGACUCUGUCCUGGUAGUGGAUAAAAAAAAGGCAAAAUGCAAAGCAUUAAGUUGGAAGAUGCUUUUUAAUGGCAUGCCAUUAUCCUGGUGUUUAGCAUUGUGCUGUGUCAAGUAAAUUACUUGGUAUCUCUUUAGCAGGUGUUUGUAACAAGUAGCCAGAGAGAGUGGCCGGCUGUUACAGAGCCUCUCAGUUUAAAUAGGAGACAGGAGUUUCUGAGGCAUGACGAGAUACAAUAUUCAUUUGGAACCAUGCAGAUUUGCUUGUUUGAUUUUUUUGUUGUUUUCUUUUUUGUUGUUUUGUUUUUUGUAUUAAUUUUUUUUGUGAGACAAAUCCUCAAAUGUUUUUAUUGCUUGCGAUUGUAACACACUGAAAGUGCAAAAAACCCUGAAUCUAUUAUACAUGUACAUUUCUAAUCAUUUUUAUUACUUUCAGUGCACAGAGCAUGCAAAUCUGGAUCAGGGCUAAGAGUCUGAAACUGUCCAUGUCUGUGCUGUACUGUGCUGUAAGUAGACAGCAUUGUCUUUAGUAUUGUGAGAAGCAGAGGACUGUGCUACAAGAGAUUUUUUUUUUUUUUUAAACUGGUGGUGUGCAGAUUUCAGUGCAUGCGUGUGGAUGGGAAAAUCACAUCCAGCUGCGGUGCAGCUAUUAUUAGUUCCCUGGAAGCACUUCAUCAAGCGCAGUGCCUUCUGGCAACUGCAGUACAACAUUAAUAUUGUGCCAUAUUUAAUUUCUUUUAUUGUUUUUUGCUGGGAGGGUUAAUGACAGGGUGAGGGCUCUUUUACAGUAAUAGCUGGACUUCUAAGGUGCUAUUGCUUUUCCGUUGCGAUACUUGGGGUGGGAUUUGAUUCGACUUUGAAAUGGCUCUUUAAGAAGGUAUUUUUGUGUUCAGUAUUCAGCAGGAGGCAUUGUUCUGAAGUGCUGAGACGGGCAAAAUAUAUUUGGAGGUCAGUGUUCUUCAGCGCUCAUUAUCAUUUUUCACUUUUUUUAGCCCCUUUGUCUCCUCUGUUGAGACCUACAGUCUCUUUUAAUGUGUUUCUCUCUCUAUUCUGUAUUGUGGGUAAUUGCUGCGCCACACUGCCUCUAAAGGAUUGUCCAAUUUUUGAGUUUCACUCUGUACAUCUCCUUCAAGUUCUUUCAGGAUCCCUCAAAAGAGGAAGAGGAGAGGAAACAUUCAUGAUGGACCACAAUAGGAGUGAAGUACCUGUUUCACUCCCAGUAGCCUUAGGGUGUUCUUUUUAAGAGUUUUUUUUAAUUUGUCAUUUGAAGGCCCUUUUAUUACACUUGAAUGGAUAUUUAAAUAGACCAUUUAUAUGAUUUCAGCUGGUGUUAAUUUGUCUUUUUUACUGUGUAAAUAAAGUUGUACA